GCAGGAAAGGUACCCGGAAGUCCCCGGGGGUGGCAGUCCCGCCUUGUGCGCGUUUCGGUGCCGGUCACGUGGGGACGGCGCGGUGACGUACCCGGCCCGGCUCGGCUCGGCUCAGCUCAGCUCAGCUCAGCAUGGCGGACGCGGCCUCGCAGGUGCUGCUGGGCUCCGGCCUCACCGCGCUCUCGCAGCCGCUCAUGUACGUCAAGGUGCUGGUGCAGGUGGGAUAUGAGCCGCUUCCUCCGACCCUGGGCAGGAAUAUGUUUGGGCGACAGGUUUACCAGCUGCCGGGGCUCUUUGCGUACGCUAAGCACAUUAUGAAGAUAGAUGGAAGAGCCGGACUCUUCAAAGGUUUGACUCCCAGACUCUGCUCGGGCGCCAUCGGCACCAUCGUGCACAGCCAGGUGUUACAGCGGUACCAGGAAGCUGACCAGGAGGAGGAGCCUGGGGCCAGCCUCAAGGAGCCCGUGUCCUCGCUGGAGCAGGUCAUCAAGGAGACCUCCCGAGAGAUGGUUGCUCGUUCUGCCGCGACACUCGUCACCCAUCCCUUCCACGUGAUCACGCUGAGAUGCAUGGUGCAGUUCAUUGGCAGGGAGACCAAGUACAGUGGCAUCUUCAGCCCCUUUGUCACCAUCUACCGGGAAGAGGGCAUCCUGGGCUUCUUUGCGGGGCUCGUUCCCCGGCUGCUGGGCGACGUGCUGUCGCUGUGGCUCUGUAACAUGCUGGCCUACCUCAUCAAUACCUAUGCACUGGAGAACGGGGUCUCCACCAUGAGCGAGAUGAAGAGCUACUCACAGGCUGUCACUGGAUUCUUCGCCAGUAUGCUGACGUACCCCUUUGUGCUCGUCUCCAACCUGAUGGCCAUUAACAACUGCGGGUGAGUGUCCCGCACGCUGUCCCGAGCCAG